CGAAUGCCAAACGGCAGCGUUUAUACCAACCUUUCACAUUUGAUUUUGGCCACUGCUCUUAUUCGAAGUAAAAGUAAACCCCCUCCAAUUCUUCCGCCCCAACGUCUCCGCCAUCCUUCCCGCCAAACCCUAGCCCUAAAAUGGUCCUAAAAUUCCACGAACAGAUAGUCUCCGACAUCCUCGAAGACCCAAACGGCGGAGUCGUAAUCCUUUCCUCCGGCCUUUGCCUCCCAAAACUCCUCUCUUCUUUCCUCUCUCUUCGCUCCCAAUCCAACGGCUCCCUCCUCCUCCUCCACUCCCCUCAACUCUCCUCCUCCCUCAAAUCUCUCCUCCUUUCCCUCUCCCCCAACCUCCCUCUCUCCGAAAUCACGGCUGAUCUCCCUUCCUCUAACCGCCUCUCCCUCUAUUCCUCCAAUCGAAUCCUCCUCCUCUCCCCUCGUAUCCUCAUCGUCGACCUCUUAACCGAAAAGGCCCAAACUUCCUUAAUUUCCGGUGUCGUUUUCCUCAAUGCCCAUUCACUCUCUGAAAGCUCAACUGAAUCUUUCAUUGUGAGAAUUAUCAAAACUUUCAAUAAAAAUGCUUCUGUUUACGCGUUUUCAGACAAGCCUCACUCUAUGGUUUCUGGGUUUGCGAAAACGGAGAGGAUAAUGAAGGGUUUGUUCAUUAAAAGGCUUCAUCUUUGGCCAAGGUUUCAAGUGAAUGUAUCGGAGGAAUUGGAGAGGGAUCCGCCGGCAGUGGUGGAUAUAAGGGUGCCAAUGAGUAAAUACAUGUUGGGGAUUCAAAAAGCUAUUGUGGAAGUCAUGGAUGCUUGUUUGAAGGAAAUGAGGAAGACUAAUAAGGUUGAUGUUGAGGAUCUGACGGUGGAGAAUGGGUUGUUUAAGUCAUUUGAUGAGAUUGUGAGGAGACAAUUGGAUCCCAUUUGGCAUACUUUGGGGAAGAAGACGAAGCAGCUCGUUUCGGAUUUGAAAACUUUGAGGAAGUUGUUGGAUUAUCUUGUUAGGUAUGAUGCAGUGAGUUAUUUGAAGUAUUUGGAUACGCUUAGAGUAUCAGAGAGUUUUCGGUCUGUUUGGAUAUUUGCAGAGUCCAGUUAUAAGAUAUUUGACUAUGCAAAGAAGCGAGUUUAUCGUUUUGCACGGUCAGAUGGUACCAAAAUUAAGAAGCCUAAUAAGAACGUGUCUGGCAAAAAGAGAAAACUGAAGGAGUAUGGCAAUAAUAAUGAUGGAGGAAUUGCUGAUACUUCAAUAAGUACAAAUAAUGGAGUAGUGCUUGAAGAAGUUUUGGAAGAAUCUCCAAAGUGGAAGGUGUUACGUGAGGUCCUUGAAGAGAUAGAAGAGGAAAGACAAAAGCAAGCUUCUUCAGGAGAACCUUUGUUGGAUGUUGAAGAGGACAAUAAUGGUAUAAUUUUGGUGGCAUGCAAAGAUGAGCGCUCAUGCAUGCAACUUGAAGAUUGCAUCACUAACAGCCCGCAGAAGGUCAUGAGGGAUGAAUGGCAGAAGUACCUCUUAAGCAAAGUAGAACUGCGGAGCAUGCAAACACCUCAGAAGAAAAAACCUAAAAAAACUCCUAAAGGUUAUGGGAUUCUUGAUGGUAUUGUUCCUGUAACGCCUGCCCAGAAUGUAGAAGCUAGUAGUGCAUGUAAGCUGGAACAUGAAGCGUUAUUAGCAGCAGCAUCAGAGAUAAAAAGAAAUCAGGCUGAAAAGGAAAAGGAUUCUGCAGAUGAUCCUGCACCUCAAGUUGGCAGCAGAGGACAUGGGAAAGGAAAGGGAAGAGGAAGGAUUAAAAAAGGCCCCGCAAAUACACGGCGUUCUAGGAAUAAAGAUGGCUCCAAUAAUACUGAGGUAGCAACAGAUGAUAGACCUGAAAUUUCUGGUUCAGAAAAUGAAGGCCAAAGAAAUGAAAUUAACCCUACUUUUGGCAAUGGGGUUCCUAGGAUGCAUAUUGACAGGAUUGAUGAUACAAAAACACACAACUCUAAGCAAUUGCCACCAGUUCACUUUCAUGCUCUGGAGAGAGAUCAGCCAAUACUAGAUGUUUUGAGGCCCUCUGUAAUUAUUGUUUACCAUCCAGAUAUGACUUUUGUUAGGGAGAUUGAAGUCUACAAAGCAGAAAAUCCUGAAAAAAAGUUGAAGGUCUAUUUUCUUUUUUAUGAAGCUUCUACUGAAGUCCAAAAGUUUGAAGCAAGUAUUCGUAGAGAAAAUGGAGCAUUUGAAUCUCUGAUCAGGCAGAAAUCAAUGAUGAUGAUCCCAGUUGAUCAGAAUGGAUUCCGCCUUGGUUUAAAUUCUUCCUCAGAGCUACAAGGUUCAAGUUCCCAGAACUCAAUCACCAGAAAGGCAGGUGGAAGAAAGGAAACUGAGAAAGAAAUGCAGAUAAUAGUGGACAUGAGGGAGUUCAUGAGUAGUCUUCCAAAUGUUCUUCACCAGAAGGGCAUGCGCAUAAUCCCAGUAACCUUAGAAGUUGGUGAUUAUGUUCUCUCACCACUUAUUUGUGUUGAAAGGAAAAGCAUUCAAGAUCUUUUUAUGAGUUUCACAUCAGGCCGUCUUUACCACCAAGUGGAGACUAUGGCUCGUUAUUAUCGAAUACCUGUUCUUCUAAUUGAGUUUUCACAAGACAAAAGCUUUUCAUUUCAGUCUGCUAGUGAUCUUGGUGAUGAUGUAACACCAAAUAAUAUCAUAUCCAAACUGUCAUUACUUGUACUUCAUUUCCCCCGCCUACGAAUCAUCUGGUCUCGCAGCUUGCAUGCAACUGCUGAAAUAUUUGCUUCUCUGAAGACAAAUCAGGAUGAACCUGAUGAGGCAAAGGCAAUGAGAGUUGGUGUACCCUCGGAAGAGGGUUUCAUAGAAAAUGAUGUUAGAGCUGAAAACUACAACACAUCUGCUGUUGAGUUUCUGAGACGUCUCCCAGGAGUGACAGACUCUAACUACAGGGCUAUAAUGGAUGGAUGUAAGAGCUUGGCUGAACUUGCACUUCUUCCCAUGGAGAAGCUAGCUGAACUAAUGGGUGGUCGAAAAGCUGCCCAGACUCUAAGAGAUUUCCUCGAUGCAAAGUAUCCAACCUUGUUGUGAUACUGAUCCAUCAUUUGAAUCAUAUAUAGUUCAAAACUUUCCCCAUUUUUUUUUUGCUUUUUAUCACAGUCAAGAUUCAUUAAAUUAUUUGUACUAUGUUGUUAUUGUUGUUGGAUGUCUAUUUGAGUUUUCUCUUAAAUCUGUGUGCAAUUUUGUUACAAUUAUUAACUUUUUAGCCAUUUCCUGUCCAGCCAUCUCUUCUCUGUCUGAUAACAACAUUUGAGAAUUGAGAUAUACUUAAUCAUAAUUAUAAAAAAAA